GAAAAGAAGAAGACUGACAGAGACAGAAAAUGGCUGAUAAAUGUCACAUAUAUUUGCUGGGUCUGAUAAUUCUCUGCUCACCUGCCACAGGUACCAGUGAAGUUGAACACCAUGUGUUCUUCAUUGAUGGUGAAAAUGUCACUCUGCCAUGUAAUAAUGUUCGUUCUGACUGCACAACAACUACAUGGAUCUAUUAUGGAGAAGGAUAUUCAGAUAAACUGUUUUCUAGUGGAAUAAAGAAGAAUGACACAGAGAGACACGAGAGACUGAAUCUGGGGUCUGACUGCUCUCUGAACAUCUAUAAAACCACAAAAGAAGAUUAUGGACUUUACAACUGCUGGAAAUAUGUGAAUGGAGAGACACCAUAUACUGAAAAUGUUUAUCUGCAUUUUCUUCAAGUCUCUCCACCAUCUACACAGACUGAGAUCAGACCAGGCAGCUCUGUGACUCUCUCCUGUCAAUUAUAUUCAAAUGAUAGAAAUACUUUGUGUAAAAGGGGAUUUAAUCUGGUCUGGGUGAAUGAGUCUGGUGUUAAUCUGCAAACAGACUCCAGAUAUCAGAUAUCAUCCUCUCCAGAACACUGUAACAUCACUCUGACUACAACACUCCUGAAUGAAGACAACAACAGAGAGUGGAGAUGUCAGAUUACUAAAGGAACUGAAAUUAAGACCUCAGUCAGCUAUACUGUCAAGUAUUUGGACACCUCAAAUAGAUGGUUAUACGAAGUGAUUCCUGCUGUAACUGUUGCUGUAGUUGCUCUUCUUCUUCUUCUCUGGCUGAUCUGUAAAAGAAGAGCUGACAAAAGUAAAAAGACUCAGGAUCCACAAGGGUCAGAUAAGAGGUCAGAUCCUUCAGUCUGUGAGACCAUCAACGGUUUCAUCCCUCCUGCUGCUGAUGAUCAUGAUAAGACAAAUGAUGUUGCUUAUGCUGAGGUCAUCACUUACAGAAAAUCACCUAAUGAAAGUCAAAAUGUUCAUUCUGAUGAUAAAGUGACAUACGCUGCCAUCAGAGGAGCAAAAGGAGUUCAGGAAAACUGCAGUGCAACUUUUGCCUCUGUGAUCAAGAAUCCACCCAAAUAAACAUCAAACACCAACAGUUAUAAAAUAAGCAGAAAAAUGAAUUAUUGCUCGAUGGAGUAAGACGAUGACAACUUAUAAGUGUUUAUUCCCAUCAUUUCUUUUUUCAGAUAACAGAAUCAACUGCCUAAUUAUUAUUUUUUUCACUUUUGUGUUGCUUGAUUUAAAAUAUUGUUUUGAAAUAUUUGAAAGCAUAAUAUUUUGUUAUGCUGUUAUAUCCAUGUUAUGCUGAAUAUCACAGAAAUCUAUGUCUGACAGUUUUCAUGUAAAUUCCUUCUUAAACUAAAAUCAGUGAAAAAAAACUUUUCCUUUAAGAUUCAAUAUUUAACUUCUGGAUUUCUCAAUGGGCUGUGAUAUCUCUGUAAAGAAGAAUAUUGUUACAGAACAAAAGGGAAACAAGACAGUUCUGUUUGAUCUGUUAAUAUAAUCUCAUUAAAAUAUUAUCAAGUGUUCUUUAAACAUGCUCAAGAUGAUUUAAAAAAUAUUUAAAUGCAUUUUCUUCACAUUUUAGCAGAAGUACACUGUAAAAAAUAGUAACCUGUAAUAAAUACAUUAAGGAGACAUUUCUAACCGAUGUAACCCUUAAAUUAGUUUGUUAGCAAAACCUUUGUAUUCAGCUUGAUUUAGUGAUGAUAAAUAAUACUUUUGACUUACAUAAAACCAGUUAAUUUACAUGUUACCACAUAAAGCACAUUUUAGAUGAAUUUUCUGAUUUUCUUAUUUUUUUGUGUGUGGAAGGAAUUGUUAGGAUUGUUCUCUGGAUUUGACUGAGCUCUUGUUCGUUUAGAUUAUCGCACAUGGAGCUUUCUGAUGUAAUUGUCUGUUCUCCACUGCCGACAGUCACCAUACACUUAAGUUUCGUUCAGUUUGUUUGUUUUGUCUCUGUAUCUCUGUUCAGUUAAU